CGGUAAACACAGAGCUGUCAAGCAACACAAACGCCAUCUUGCCAGCGCCCUCAAAAUGGAAGAAAGAUGAGAGCUCGUAGCAGAGCCCGGACUAAAAUUCGCUCUUUUGAAGCCAUACUCACCUUUUUGGUGGUAAACUCGUGGUUAUGGGGUUGAUGUCCUGUGAGGCAACACGGAGCCUUUAACAAUGGAUAUAACGACGGCGGUGUUCAACGCGGCCAGAGAUGGUAAGCUGAAACUUAUCCAGAAGUUGCUGAGCAACAAAACUCCCGAAGAGCUCGAAGCCUUAGCCGAAGAGAAAACACAGGGAGGUACUCCUCUUUUGAUAGCGUCGCGAUAUGGACAUUUAGAGGUCGUAGAUUACCUCCUUGAACAUUGUAGAGCUAACGUCGAACUCGGGGGCUCGGUGAACUUUGACGGCGAGACUAUCGAAGGAGCGCCUCCGUUGUGGGCGGCUUCGGCUGCCGGUCACCUGCCGGUGGUCAAGACCCUCUUAAAACACGGGGCAUCGGUGAACAACGCGACGCUAACUAACUCCACUCCGCUCCGAGCCGCCUGCUUCGACGGCCACUUGGAAAUCGUCCGCUAUCUGGUGGAGCACAGGGCUGACAUGGAGGUGGCCAAUAGACACGGCCACACCUGCCUCAUGAUCUCCUGCUACAAGGGCCACAAGGAGAUCGCCAAGUUUCUCCUGGACCGCGGUGCUGACGUCAACCGUAAAAGCGUCAAAGGAAACACGGCCCUCCACGACUGUGCCGAGUCCGGCAGCCUGGACAUCAUGAAGAUGUUGUUAAAGUGUAGCGCUCGCAUGGACAGGGAUGGUUACGGGAUGACCCCUCUCCUCGCCGCCAGUGUUACGGGACACACCAACAUCGUGGAGUACCUUGCCCACCAGCCCCGCGCCUCCAGGGAGGAACGCAUCGAUGCGCUCGAGCUGCUCGGAGCCACUUUUGUGGAUAAAAAACGGGAUCUAUUGGGAGCGAUGAAGUACUGGAGACGGGCCAUGGAGCUGAGGCAGCCAGGGGAAAAAGCAGGGUGCCUGACCAAGCCCCCACCGGGGCCCCCCGUUCCUGCCUAUGGCUGUGCGCAGGAGGUGAACAGCGCGGAGGAGCUGGAAGCUCUGAUCACAGACCCCGACGAGAUGAGGAUGCAGGCCUUGUUGGUUCGCGAGCGCAUCCUGGGACCGUCCCACCCGGACACCUCCUAUUACAUCCGCUACAGGGGAGCCGUCUACGCGGACUCUGGCAAUUUUGAAAGAUGCAUCAGCUUGUGGAAAUACGCUUUGGACAUGCAGCAGAGCAACCUGGACCCGCUCAGCCCCAUGACGGCCUCGAGUUUCUUGUCCUUCGCCGAGCUCUUCUCCUUCGUCCUCCAAGACCGCGCCAAAGGUACCCUGUCGACACGCGUCACCUUCCACGAUCUGAUGACGGUGUUGGCUAAAAGCGUGCGGGAGGUGGAGCGAGCCGUGGCGCAGAAGGACAAUCCGCCGGAGGCCCCUCAGUUCACCAAGGCGCUCGCCAUUAUCCUCCAUCUCAUCUUUCUGCUGGAGAAGCUGGAGUGCAACCCCGAGCAGGAGCACCAGAAGAAGCACACGGUCUACCGCCUUCUGAAGCUAAAUCCGCGCGGCCGUUGCGGCUUCACGCCGCUCCACAUGGCCGUGGAUAAGGAAACCACGUCGGUGGGCCGCUACCCGGUGGGGCGAUUCCCCUCGCAGGCGGUGGCGUCGCUUCUCCUGGAGUGCGGCGCCGACGUGGACGCGCGGGACUGCGAGAACAACACGCCGCUGCACGUGGCCGCCGGCAACGGCUGUCCGGAGAUCAUGGCGCUUCUCAUGAAGGCCGGGGCGCACUUUGACGCCACCAACGCGCAGAAGAAGGCGCCCUACGAGCUAUUAGACGAGCACAAUAUGGGUGACCCGGCUCUUUACCCGCUCAACUACAUCACCCUUCAGUGCCUGGCGGCUCGUGCGGUGGAAAAGCACAAACUUCCCUACAGGGGACUCAUCUCGGAAGAGAUGGAAGCUUUUAUCGAGCUGCACUGACCUCCGCUACAGGAUGAAACUACUUUGCAACAGAACUUCUUUUGGCCCACCGCUUGCUUUUCUCCUCCUUUGUCUCACCACAAAUGUUCAGUCCAACAUUGCAUAAGAAAAGUUACAAUAUGUCACCGUUGAAUGACCGCACCCGUUCAACAAAGAUCUUGACAAUUGAAAGCCAUGGAUCGAUAUUGCUUUUUGUGAUAUUCUGAACGGAUGAUUCGUCAAACCCAAGCAGCCGUACUUGCUCAUCUUUAUUUAUUGGCUCCGGUUUGUUACCGUUUGAUGACAUUCUCUUUGGAAGGAUGUUGACCUCUCUGUGCCAAAUUUGCCGACCGUGGACGUCUUUAGCUUGUUUUGUCACGUAAAGCCACAAACAUCAUUCUCGAUUAUCAUGUGCUAAUCAUUUGCUUUGAUACUUGGAAUUCCUCAGGUCAUUUUGAGAGACGAAGAUUUAAAAAAAAAAAAUAAAGUGGUGAUGUGGUCUGGCAGUAUUUAAAGCUAAGCUUCACUGUGAACUAAUUGGACGACUUCAAAUUGGCUUCUAACAGGUUAAUCAUGGAACUGCUUUAUAGACUUGUUUUUGUUAUUUAGAUGGUUCCUAGAAAUGCCUUAACAUCCAAACUCUCGCUUUCCAUGUACCCGGCAUGCGGCAUCCACGACACUUGUGACGCACGUCACGGACGACUGAUUUUCCUGGGACGCAAUUCUCUCCAACUGAAUCCAUGGCUUUGUGGCCACUCAGUCUUAUUUUCAAUCAUCUCUUCUUUUGUUUGCAUUCUCUUGAAUGUUUGCUCCGUGUCCAGGGUGGAAGCCCCCACCGAGUUGAAUGCCGACUCAAAAUCCUCUAAAAUGGACAUACUUUCAGGCCACGGACUGUUGCUGCCUUCUUCUUUCUCGCCGGUAUGAACAUCGUGUGUGUGUCAGAGAAAUGCCUGAAUAAAAUUCAGUCUGGCAGCAGGAA